GGUGUUUUGUCUUCGGAGUGUGCUGGCGGCGACGCGCAUGUCAUUGUGGAGAGCAACUACCGGGUGUACGCCUACACCCGCUCCCCGGUUGCCAUCGCGGUGUUGGAGCUGUUCGUGAAGCGCGAGGCGCUGCUGCCAAACCUGUUCGUGGGGGCGCUGAGGAGGGACAGCGUGAUGGGGGCGCUGGCGAGGGGUAUCUCCGCGGAGGAGCUGGUGAGCUAUCUAGCCGCCCGCCCGCACCCCUCCGUCGCGUCCAGGUCGCCGGUGGUGCCGGAGGUUGUAUCCGACCAGAUCCGGCUGUGGGAGGCCGCCAUGAACCGCCUGCGCGCCGAGGCUGCCGUACUGUACGAAAAUAUGGAGAGCCGGGAAUUGUACGACAGAGCUGUGUCGUAUGCUCGCUCGGCGGGGACGCUGCUGUGGGAGGAUGGCGCCAAGAUGCGUUUCGUGGCGACGGAUGCGGGCCAUGAGGCGAUGAAGAGCUUCAUCAUGAGGACCAAGCAGGAACUCAAGCAGUAAUGGGGGAUUGGAUAAACUGAGCCGCGGAAACACUGACCCUGACCGUAGGGUACCGGAAAGUAAUGGGGGAGAUGAAGAGGGGCCAAGUAGGGGGAUAAAGAGGGAACAACGAAGUUAUCGUGUGAGAAGGCUACAUAAUACAUGGUUUGCA